GUACAUGUAGGCGCUUGCGGCAUCAUCAAUGAUGAAUCUGAUUAUGUUGUCGCCAUCGGCCAUCACAUCUGGGAUACUGCCCAGACCAGCUUAAGCCCAGGCAAGAACCCUUACUGCGGCAAGAAGAUCGCGGCCACGCUCUCAGCAACUGGGAAGACGGUCACAGUCACGAUUGUCGACAAGUGUGCAGGAUGCAAUGACGAAAGUCUUGACUUCUCGGGCGGAGCCUGGGACGAUAUCAUCAACCGCGCGGCACCAUUUGAGGGCCUCCGGUGGCACUUUCCCUAG